AUGGAGGAUAUAUCCGACGCCCCUCAUUUGACCGAAUUUGCCAAUUUCAUUGCAAACGAACCGCUUUUCGGCUCAAGCCCUUCAGCCGACGGACUAGCCCGCGUCAACGGGACAAGAGCGGCUUCCCACGAAGAUUCACCAGAUCGCGAGGAAGAAACACGACUGAGUGACGAUGCUCAUAUGCCUGUUCAGGACUGCGGGUACAACUCCUCGGAAUCCUCAACGCAACACUCCACGAGCGAUACAGCUGGUCAUGACCUGGACGAUGACGACUUAGCUCUAUUGGACUCGCGUGCAUCCAGUCGCUCUUCAAUCUCCUCAAUUGCCGAUUCGGUGCUGAUCCACCCCCCGAGCGAGCUGAAACCUGCGAUGGGCUGCGGCGCAGAUGAGCGAAUCCGCCACUCCUGGAUCAAUCAAGAUAACCCCGGUCAUGGCAGAAUGGAGGCACAGUUCAAGUCCAUACAAACAAUCAGGCAACGGGAGGCUGCGUUCCGGAAGCCCAGUUCUGUGCGCGCAAUGCAGAUGCAUACGGAGGAUGAGGAUGAUGACGAGUUCCUGACUCCGCCCAAGCGGAGGGGCGGACAUCGGAUGUCGGAUAUUUCAAUUCGUUCGGCGGGGUCGUCUCCGCUUAAGAGAUCACCUUAUUACUCGCCUACGGGGUCCGCGGGGAGACCGAAAGUUAAGAAGGAGUAUCCGCUUGUUUUGCUUCACUGCACCUUGCUUCCUCCUUCGCUGCCUGUGCCAGGUUUGAUUGGAUACCCGGACCAGAAGAUACUGAGAGAUGUGCUGCCUCCGGAGUACUGGAGGAGAUGGAAGUUGCUGGAGGAGAAGGUUGGUUCCAGUGUGAUUCGUGACCGGGGUGUGCUCAUCUCUCACCCGGAGGAUAUGUAUGAUCUGCUUGAGGAACGAUUGCUGGAAAGUCUGGAACUCCAGCGUCCGCGGCUCCAUCAUGGCCACUUUUUGGGACAUGAGGACACGGAAUCGGAGAAGGGUGACCAGUCGGUUACAGAGGACAGUGCUACUGAUGAUGAGCAAGGAGAAGAGUGCCCUGAUUGUGGAGGACGACUCCCAAGGCACGAUUCGAGUAGGAAGUGGGAGAUCAAGGUUUUCGCCGCGAACGGGCUGAUGAGAGCUGGUGCCUGGGCUGCAGCCUGGAAGGAGAUGGAAAAGGUGGAUGUCGAAGUCGGCCUUUGGCUGCCGUCUGAGAUUAGGCGGGAGUUGGAAAAGCGACUUUUGGACAAUGAUCGCCCUAGCACUGAUCUUAGGCUACAGGUGCCGCAACUCAGGGAGCCCGCCACCAGCAUCAGCACAGAGCUGUACGAUCAAUCGUCGCGGACGAAUACACCCACCCCAUUGAUUCAUGAACCAAGUUUAUUUGUUCCUGAGGAGCCUGCUCGUCCGUCAUCUCCAGCCUCAAUUACAACGCCAGCGAAGGCUCCAGCCAUGCCACCCCCAACGUAUUCUCCGAGGUCAGUCGAAGAAAUCGACCUGCAGACGCUGCUCAUCAACUACAUCCGGGUACUGGCUAGUGACCGUCGCAACGUGACAAUUGUCCUUUUGAGUGUGCUGGCGGUAUACCUUGCCGUUGGUGUCAAACCUCAAACCUCCUCUUCGCAUCUUCGACCAUUUCCUGGGGAUAUGUUUGAAUCCAUGCCUGUGCUCUCACCUACCGUUUCACUGGAGCAACAUUCGACUCCGAGCUGGACGGAACAGCCGAGCCUUUCGACUGUACUCUCUUCAACGGCAGCAGAACCUGCCAUGACUGUUGAAAGUUCCAUUCUUCAAAAAGAAACCGUGAGGGAAGAGCCCAGCUCAAAAACUCUCGAGGUUAUUCCUUCAGCGGCUUCUGAAUCUGCUACUGUAUCGUCCUCCAGCACUGCUGCUCCCACGCCUCAGAGUUCUGCUCCAGUAUCUUCCACAAGAGCAUCUUUCAAGAGCGUUGCUAAUUCGAAAAUUUCGGAAGCUCGAUUGCAGAGGGUAGAAACGUCUCCUGCAAAUCUAGAUCUGGUGAUUGAGCGAUGUGAGCCCACGUGUCCGGCGAUGAUGGAGACAAUCGCGCCAACGGAAUUGGCGACCAAUUUCUGA